GUGGGAAACCCGUGCGUCCGCACGGGUUCUGGUGUCGUUUUGUGUAUCGUUUUCUUAAAGAAUAGAAAAUAGAAAUAAUAUUAGAAUGGAAUAAAUAAAAUGUGUAGGUUAAUAACUUUGUUUAUACAUAUAUACAGUAAACGGAAUAAAAUCGGUAAAAUGGGUUAUUAGUAAAUAAAACUAUGAAAAUAACAUAGGUUGAUAUAAAAAACGUGUAGGAAAAAAAAAAUAAUAGGAUGAGUUUUUAAAUUAUUUAUAUUAUUUAUGUAGUUAAAAUUAGUAGGUCCAAUAAGUCAAAACUUGGAAAGAAAAAAAUGAGAUACAAAUAGGGCAAAAAAAAAACCAAUAAAUAUAGUUUAUAAUAAAUAUACUUGACAUCACAAAGUACUAAUCAGUUUGUAAUGUAUAUGAUUUAAUAGUUGCAACAGAAUUUGUUUUUUUUAAAAAGGACAAAAAAGAACAAAAUCUAAUGGGCCCAAGAUAAGGACAUUAGGCUAAAUAUAGUACUAAAGAGCCCAAGACAAACACAUGCAACAGAAGGUAAUAUAUAGGUUGUUCGCAUAUGUUCAGUUAGUAUUUUCCUCAAACGUUAGGGUUUCUGGACGGUGACGAAGGCUGUGUCGACGGAGCAACGAACGAUCUCGCGGUGCAAUGACAGAUUCCGGGCCAUAUGACAUCCCCCAACGAACGAUACAGCAACUCGCAAGGGAGAACAACUGGGAAAGAGUGAAGAGGGAGAUUGAGAUUCGGUGGGUGGUGCAACUGAUAACUCAAGCAGGUAAAUGGAGGAGAGGUUGGGAGAGAGGCAACCGCAGGAAGUGGGUUGGAUGCCUCUGGAAACGUGAGAGCCACUUUCGGCGUGUAAUGGGAAUUCUUGACAAACGACUUUCUUCCAUAAAAUGGAAGGCAGGAUGGCAAUCCGCCCAUUCUGGAACUGCUGUAGGCAUUGCUGCAGGUGAGGGUGUUAUUUGUUCUGGCGAUAGGAAAAGGAAGUCCAUUAGAAAGGCUGAAUCUGAUGUGAUAGUAUUAUCCUCUGACUCCGAAAGGGAAGAACAGGUUGGUAAAGAAAUGGAAAAGUCUAAGAAGAGGCAAAUGACCAAGAAAGGACAUAGCACAACAGUUGAAGAAAGGGAAGGGAUGGAUGGCACAGGGUGCACAAAGCUGGACAACAGCAGCAAGAAGCAAUAUGGACCCAGUGGCAGUGUGAAAGAUAGGAGAUCUGUUAGGAAAGGGAAAGAAGUAAUGGUAGAGGAUGAAGAGGACGACGUUUCUAUUUCAUCUCAUGUGGAAAGCCAAGAGUAUGAGGCAGUUGUAAUGGAAAAGGAACAAAGCUGGAUCCAGGAGGUCACCAAGCCAGCAACAAUGGGGACUCAGGUUCUUCAAAUUCCUGCUGAGGUAAUCACUGCUUGUAACUUGGUCGGCAAGAACAGCAUCAUGUUGUAUGACACAGAGAUACAGAAGGGCUAUAAAUGUGUCCUGAAGAAGAGAGAUGGGAAAAAUGAGAUGUAUUAUAUUCCUUCUCUUCUAAAUUUCAACCGUACAUAA